AUGCAAGCGGAUCUAGCUCGGGCUUACACAAGUGAGGAAGUGGAUGCUGCUAUAAAGGAAAUGGUGCCUUUGAAGGCCCUGGGACUGGAUGAAACUGAAAGUGCGUUCACUGCUAAUCGUUUGAUUACUAAUAAUAUCCUGAUAGCUUUUGAAACUUUGCACCACAUGAAGACUAACUAUACAGGGAAGAAGGGUUUUGUGGCUCUUAAGAUGGAUAUGAGUAAGGCCAAUGAUAGGGUGGAGUGGAUUUUCCUUGAGAAAAUAAUCCUAAAAAUGGGUUUCCAAGCCUCUUGGGUGGCAAUGAUUAUGGAGUGUAUCAACACCAUUUCUUACUCCAUUUUGAAGGGCUUGAUGCCAUCCUUAGACAAGGAAGGGAGAUAUAAAGGGUUUUUCUCUAUACAGGAAUGGACCAAAACUUACCCACUUAUUUUUGUUGAUGAUUGCCUAAUUUUCUGCAUAUCAACAUUGGAGGAAUGUCAGAAAAUUCAAAUUCUGCUUGUUUAUUAUGAGGCUGCAUGUGGCCAAAUGAUAAAUCAGGCGAAAACUACCAUUUUCUUUGGCAAAAACACUGAUGAUCAAACACAGGAAGCCGUUAAAUUGUCCCUUAGAGUAUUGGCUAUCCAGCACUAUGAGAAAUAUUUGGGUCUUCCUUCUUUCAUUGGUAGGAAUAAGAAAACUUCUGUAGUCACUAUGAAGGAGCAGAUUUGGGCUAGAAUGCAAGGCUGGAAAGCGAAGCUACUAUCACAGGCAAGGCGGUCAUGA